AUGGUUGAGCCGGCAGAGCGCAGCGAUGAGGAUGGAGCAGGGUGGGGAGAAACUAUGAUAAUAGAAAAUGUGGGAAAAGACCUUUCUAGGCCAUCUUCUAGCCUAUGUAAAGGCUGGAGCAGCUCCACUGAACAACCCCUGACAGCUGCUUGGGGGAGCGACUGUUCCCCCUCUGCCAUGGUCCAUGUUACUGGGUUGUGCAGCUUGACAUUAAAGAAACUGGUAGUCUUAAAGGAAUUGGAUAAGGAGCUUAUUUCUGGGGUCAUUGCUGUCAAAAUGCAGGGCUCCAAGCGCAUCCUGCGGUCACACGAGAUCGUAUUGCCCCCGAGUGGACGUGUGGAGACGGAGCUCGCGCUGACCUUCUCGCUGCAGUACCCUCACUUCUUGAAGAGAGAAGGGAAUAAGCUUCAGAUCAUGCUGCAGCGGCGGAAGCGGUACAAGAACCGAACCAUUUUAGGCUACAAGACUCUGGCUGUGGGAUCUAUCAACAUGGCUGAGGUCAUGCAGCACCCAACAGAAGGUGGCCAGGUUCUGAGCCUUUUCAGCAACAUCAAAGAGGCUGCAGUGAAGGUAGCAGAAAUCUGGAUCUUCUCCUUGUCGAGUCAACCAAUUGACCAUGAAGACAGCACUAUGCAGGCCAGCCAGAAAAUCAAGUCUACAGAUAACUAUUCCGAGGAAGAGUACGAGAGCUUCUCUUCUGAGCAGGAGGCCAGUGAUGAUGCCGUACAGGGCCAGGAUUUGGAUGAUGAUGAGUACGAGCUGGGGAAGCCCAAGAAGCAGCGGAGAUCGAUAGUAAGAACGACGUCCAUAACCAGGCAACAAAACUUCAAACAGAAGGUUGUGGCAUUGCUGAAGAGGUUUAAAGUGUCUGAUGAGGUUCUGGAUUCAGAGCAGGACCCAGCAGAGCACGUUCCGGAGGUGGAGGAGGACUUGGACCUUCUGUAUGACACGCUGGAUAUAGAGAACCCCAGUGACAGCGGGCCGGAAAUGGAGGAUGAUGACAGCGUCUUGAGCACUCCGAAACCAAAAUUAAAACCUUAUUUUGAAGGGCUAUCACACUCCAGCUCUCAGACAGAAAUUGGUAGCAUCCACAGCAUCAAGAGCCAGAGAGAGCCAUCAAGUCCUCAGGUAGAAGUGCCUGAAAAGACAAAGAGUCUUGGAACCAAGCAUGCAGGCGACAGUAUUUCUGACACUGUCUCUUAUGAGUCUAACCAGCAAGCCGAGGUCCAGGAAGCUGAACUUCCCACACCAGAUGUGUUUGUUGAGAAGCUCCCACCCAGCGGGAAGAUCACUAAGACCGAGUCCCUCAUUAUCCCAUCCACCAGCAGGUCUGAAGGGAAGCAGACGGGACGUCGGGGAAGGAGCACAUCUCUGAAGGAGAGGCAGCCAGUGAGACCGCAGAACGAGAGAGCGAACAGUCUGGACAAUGAACGCUCUCCAGACACCCGGCACCACUUACAGAUCCCCAGGAAAACGGUGUAUGACCAACUAAAUCACAUCCUGGUUUCUGAUGACCAGCUGCCAGAAAACAUUAUUCUUGUCAAUACUUCUGACUGGCAAGGCCAGUACCUAUCAGAUGUCUUGCAAAAGCAUACCUUGCCAGUGGUCUGCACAUGCUCCUCAGCUGAUAUUCAGGCAGCUUUCAGCACUAUUGUCUCCAGGAUACAGAGAUACUGUAACUGCAAUUCGCAGCCUCCAAACCCAAUUAAAAUUGCAGUGGCCGGAGCCCAGAAUUACCUCAGUGCUGUGUUGAGGCUCUUUGUAGAGCAGCUGUCUCACAAAACCCCAGACUGGCUCGGCUACAUGAGAUUUUUGAUCAUCCCUCUAGGCUCUCAUCCAGUGGCCAAGUAUCUGGGGUCUGUAGAUUAUAGAUACAACAACUUCUUCCAAGAUCUAGCCUGGAGAGAUCUGUUCAACAAACUUGAAGCACAGACCACUGUUCCAGAAACACCUGAUGUUGUCUCCCGGAUAACACAGUAUAUAGCAGGGGCAAACUGUGCACACCAGUUGCCCAUUGCUGAAGCAAUGCUGACAUACAAGCAGAAAAGCCCUGAUGAAGAAUCUUCGCAGAAGUUCAUUCCCUUUGUCGGG